AAGUUGUUUGCCAACCGCCAAUAAAAACCCAAGAAGAAGAAGAAGAAUACCCGGAAGUGACCUCACACUCCCUUGAACCGGAACAGGCUCCUCGGUUAGCUUCGUGAAGUGUGAACGUGUGGAGAACUUUCACCCUUUAUUUCAGCAUUUCCUCAAACAUCACAGAACCCUUGUAGAGUGUGAUCCCUCCCCAGGAAGAGAAGAUGUUUAACCGACAGACGAGCCUCUGGAUGGGUGAUUUGGACCCAUACAUGGAUGAAAACUUCAUCAAGCAGGCCUUCAGCGCUAUGGGGGAAUCGCCCUUUGGAGUGAAGAUCAUCACACACAGGAUAACAGGGGGUUCAGCAGGAUACUGCUUUGUGGAGCUGGCAGACGAAGCAAGUGUCGACCGCUGUGUCCAAAGACUGAACGGGAAACUGGUCCCUGGAUCAAACCCGCCCCGGAAGUUUAAGCUAAACUAUGCCACCUACGGCAAGCGGCCAGAGGCAGGGCCAGAGUUCUCAGUGUUUGUGGGCGACUUGGCCUCUGAGGUGGAUGACUUCCAGCUGCACCAAGUUUUCAAAAAGUACCCUUCCUGCAAGGGAGCCAAAGUGGUCACCGACCAGUACGGAUACUCCAGAGGUUACGGCUUCGUCAAGUUUGGGGAGGAGAGCGAGCAGAAGAAGGCGAUCGAGGAGUGCCAGGGUACGAUGCUCGGGGGGAAGCCUCUCAGACUGAGUGUGGCUGUGGCAAAGAGCCAAAAGAUGAGCAACUACCACGGGGGCCAGGGUCAGAACUACCAUGCUAACUACAACCAGUCCCAGACCAAUUACUACGGCAGCAACACCAGCGGGGGUCAGGCGGGCUACUACCCUCAGUGGGGGGGCUACGACCAGUACAGCGGCUACAACAACACCGGCUAUAACAGCGGCUACAACAGCGGCUACAACAGUGGCUACAACUACAACUACGGGCCCUACGGAUACCCCCCACCGGGCCACAUGAUGCCUCCUCCUCCCAUGGGGGUGCCACCCACAUCCACGGACACGACAGCUGUGGAGCAGACCCACGAGGAGACUGAAGGUGCAGACGAGGACAAUGCAGAAGAGACGAUUCCUGAAUGCGACGUGGAGCAGUGGAACAAAGAUUUUAUGCAGCGCAGUGAAGAACUCUACGACGCCAUGAUGAACUGUCACUGGGAGCCCCUGGAUUCUGUUCACUCCCCCAUCCCCUCUCUCUCUUGAUACUUAUCCUCCUCCUCCUCCUCCUCCUCAUCUCACCUUUUGAAUCUAUCAUUUUCUACAGUUUGUGUCCCCCCCCCCAUCAUCUUCUAUGGUGUAACACCAUACUGACACAUUUAAAGGCUCAGCCUCAGAGCACACAGGUGUACUUUUUACCCUCAGAUACCUUCAGUACACACAGAUCCUGUAAAGCAGGAUGGUAAUAUUGAACAUGUUCAGUAAUCAGAGGAGUGACUGAGCACAGAGAGACACACAGGAGGGGCAGCAGCAGCAGGCUGAUAAUGAUGUUUUCAUUCACUGAAAUGAUCCGUGCUGAAAUCUGACUUUGCUAAUGAACUCCUGCCCCUGAUUUUAAAAGAGAUCUUCUUGUGAAGACGAUGUUAAACUUUGCCUUAAAUGUCAUUGGCCAUGUUCUUCUCUUCUUCUCAAUCCAGGACGGUCAUCAGACUCAUGUUGUCUGUGCAGAUUAUUCUUUCUUACCUUGUUGAACCCUCAUGAGGGGGUCUGUCGCCUGGUUUUUAAUGUGUCUGAUAAUCUGGGUAGAAGGUACAAUACUGAAAGAAGAUGCUCCUUAAAGCACCACCUGUGUAACUUAUCACUGUUCUCCAGACGAGAAGCUGUACCUCUCUCUCUGUGUGUGAUACACGGAGGCGUACGUACACUUCAGAGCGCUGUGAAACUGCAUGCAACAAUCCUGUGAGGCUGAUUUAAUCCAUCAGAUAUCAAAGCAGCUUUAUGUUCUGCUCUCUGAUGGCUGAUGUUUUGUAAAUAUUUUCUUUCUGGAGACGUUUUAUCAAUAAAACAAAUUUAGUUGUAAAA